AUGGAGCUGAGCGGCGGUGGUUCUGUGUGUUAUGCCCCGUCACGUUUGGGUAAACUCGUGCUGCGUAUCACUGGAUUUCCGAGGGUCACUCAGCAGUGUCAUCAGAGUCAACAACAAGAAGACAGUCACCAUGGCGAGACGAGACACUUAUACCUCGGCUUUCACCACCCCUGGGACAGGGACUUGUGGAAAAGUUGGAUUAAACAGGCUAUACAAUUGUCAUCGUGCCCAAAACAGUUGGAUCUCAGCAACGGGGGUCUGUCAAGGGUUCCUGACAGUGCUCUAGCGUUCCCAGCGAUAGAAGAGCUGGUGUUGAGCCAAAAUCAGCUUACCAACACGAACAACAACCUAGCGCUGUUGCACAGGUUUCCGAAACUUCAUAUCCUCCAUCUGGAGAGCAACGAGCUGAAGAGAAUACCACGGGAAUUACUGGAGCUCACCGGGCUGACCUACCUCAAUCUCUCAGACAACAAAAUCGAGAAGAUUCCGGCCGACAUAAGCCAGCUUAUCAACCUGAAAGAGCUGAUCUUGGAUCGUAAUGGGAUCAAAGAGCUGCCACACGAGCUCGUAGAGCUGAAGAACUUGAGAAACAUUUCCUUGGCUGGAAAUUGCCUCAGCAGUUUGCCGUCUUUCUUCAACAUGCGAGCCCUCACACUAACGGAUGUUUUAUCGAAGACAGAUCACAGUAAAGCUUGCAAAGAUGAGAAGAAUAAUCAAAAUAAUCUGUAUAAAGUCAAUCUACGGAAUACUCAAUUGAAAGGAAACAUCAUUCUUGGAAAUUACGGAAAUUUAACGCAUCUAGACGUCAGUGAAAAUAGCAUUGAGAAAUUGGACAUCAGUGCUCUUCAAGAAUUGAGGAGCGUUCGUUGCGCGCGAAAUAUUUUAACAGAACUGACGGUUUGCGGGAGGAAUCUUGUUUCCCUUAUUGCUGGAAACAACAAACUAAAAAAGUUAACUAUCGAACCAGUACCUGUGAAUCUAGAACACCUAGACGUUUCUUACAAUAAUUUAGAUGCUCUUCCGGAAUGGACGCCAGAUCUACCCUUGCUGCGCGCACUUUUUGCUUCCCACAAUGCCUUAACAGCGCUUCCAGACAGACUGCUAACGCAGCCGUCGAGGCUGGAGGUUCUUCACUUACCCCACAAUAGACUGCAGGCUCUUCCACCACCUAGAAAACCACUAAACAUCGUUCACUUGACGCUACAAGACAAUGCACUGACAGCGUUACCAACAAGUUUCUUCAUCAACACGGAAAAAAUGAAAGUUCUGAAUCUCUCCAACAAUCGAUUAUCAGAACUUCCACACUUGGGAGAAGGAAACAAAAAUCGACAUAACAAUCACAAUUUGGAGAAAUUAUAUCUCACGGCGAAUUGUUUGACAGACACAGCUUUGGAUACUCUUGCAAAAUUGUCUUCAUUACGAGUUCUUCAUAUAGCGUACAACACUUUAGACACGCUUCCAGAGAGUUGUAUAGCUUCGUGGAAAGACCUGGAAGAAUUAGUAUUGUCUGGAAAUCGUCUUCAAUACCUACCGGACAAUGUAGCCAAUUUACGGCAUUUACGUGUCUUGCGUGUCCAUUCCAAUCGGCUCCUAACUUGUCCGACAUUCAAUAAAACAGCAUCGUUAAAGGUUUUGGAUCUAGCUCACAACCAGUUAGACAGGGUGAACCUGGCCACACUGGUGCCACCUCAACUUCAAUUUCUCGACAUAUCUUGCAACUCGAGGCUCCACGUAGACCCCAGACAAUUCCAAGUGUACAGAUCGCAGCGACCAAUAUCUUUGGUUGAUGUGUCGGGUCAGAACAGACCAAGUCUACCCUCUCAUCCUCAUCAGCAGGAGAUCGUUUCCGCGGAAAAGGGUUCAGAACAACCGUGGAGACUUGGAUUUUCGGAAACAGCAGGGUCGAGGGAAAGAUUGUACGUAUCGCAAGUCCGGAUGCCGUCGUUCUGCAACGUGGAAGGUUUGUUUGGUGUAUUCGACGGCGGCUCGAACCAAGAAGCGCCAAGCGCUCUUCAAGAAAUGAUCCCGCGCCUCUUACUGGAGGAGAGGACCGUCCGGGAGACGUCUAAAGAAUACUUAAAGUACACGUUACUCUCCGCCCAUCGAGAGUUAAAAGAGAAGGGCCAAAAAUACGGGAUCGAUGCGACACUGGUGCAUAUUGUAAGAAUUCAAUCGCAACCGGGAUACCCGAAAGCACCGACGAAGUAUUCGUUGAAAGUAGCCACGUCUGGCGAUGCAAAAGCGGUUCUCUGCAGAGCAGCUGGCCCUUUAACCUUAGCUCCGCCUAAGAAAGUUCCUGUGAAAAAUCAAUUGGGCAACGCGGCCAUGUUUCCUCUGGUGGUACCUGACCCGACUUUCGAGGAAGUGGACCUAGAGGACGACGACGAAUUUGUUAUAAUUGGUAAUCGACGAUUGUGGGAGGUGUUGAGUAUUCAGGAAGCCGUUCGAGAAGCUAGAGCAGAGGCUAGCCCUGUGUUGGCCGCCAAAAGGCUUCAAGAUUUAGCGCAAGCUUACGGUGCAGAGGAUAAUUUGAGUAUCGUCGUUGUAAGGCUAACAGGACCCAGCCAGGGCGAUUUGGAUCAGCUGAUGAGGGAGCUGAGGCACGCGGUCGGUAAAAAUAGAGGUCAGACUGAGGCUGGAUGUCCUUGUCCUUGUUGCGUGCCACCAGCUGCACAUAAACCACCGGGACCUUGCUGCUGUCACACGAAUGAGGGCUAUUAUUUGAACGGUGUGCUGAAAAGCAUAGUGAAUAGGUCGAACAAAGCACACAACGGGUCUGGUAAAUACUUCAAGAACCGUCGACCUACGCAGGAGAAUGAAAGUCCGCCGUAUAAAGAUGAUAGAAGCUCACCGAGCGGCCAAUCCGACCAAGCCAGCGAUAGUACCUUCAAGUCGAGACACCCUUCUGGUAGAGUCUGGCCUGGAAGUGCUGCUUCCAGAGCCACGAACAAAGCUCGUCAGAGCGUUUUUACAAAUGAAAAUGGCACGAGAAAGGUAUCAACUUGUCUAACGACACAAGAAGACACCGUGUCCGAGAGAUCUGGCGCUCUCAGCGAGGAACAGUUCCGAUGCUGGGAGUAUAUGCUGGAACAGAAUACUCAGCUCUUGUUCGACAAGGAAUUGGACACCUUAACGAGAACCCCGCUACGGCGAGGUCAAUCGAGAUCCACGCCUCAAUUAGGUGGCAAUUUGCCUUUUCUAUCGAAGAGGUUCGGAAGUGCCAGAUCCUUUAAUCCCUCCCUUCCGAGACCGCCCAUUGUGCGAUUUGGUAGCGGAAGAAGAUUACUGAAUGGAGGUCCGAACGCGGCUUACUUCGGCAGCCUGCAAAGGCUGAUGCCGUAUAAUCUCGAAUACGAUUUCGCUGUCAUUCAGGAAAGAAACGGAUUAGACUCGUUGGAGCAAGACGCGACGAGAAUGCAACAGUACUGGGGAGUAGCUACGACCGAAUUGUGAUAC